AUGAGUACAAACUUAGAAACAAGGGAAUCUGAACCGGAUUCCGUAUCUGUUAUCAAUGCUCCGUCUAUUAAAGAGGACUCAAACUCCAACUUGGAAAAUUCUAAGACCAAUGAAACUUUAGAAUUACCAAAAAAACCAGCCUCUGCUUACACUUCAGUUGCAAUUAUUUGUUUAAUGGUUGCAUUUGGUGGCUUUAUCUUCGGUUGGGAUACUGGUACAAUCUCAGGUUUUGUCGCUCAAACUGAUUUUAAGAGAAGAUUCGGUCAAUUAAAUUCCAAUGAUGAGCCAUACUUGUCUAAAGUGAGAACAGGUUUGAUGGUUUCUAUCUUUUGUAUUGGUUGUGCUAUCGGUGGUAUUGCCUUCUCUAAGCUUGGUGAUACUUAUGGUAGAAGAAUCGCUUUGGUUAUUGUUACAGUUGUUUACAUUGUUGGUUUAAUAAUUUCGAUUGCCUCUAUCGAUAAAUGGUAUCAAUAUUUUAUUGGUAGAAUUAUUUCAGGUAUGGGUGUUGGUGGUAUCGCUAUCUACAGUCCUUUACUUAUUUCUGAAGUUUCACCAAAACAUAUUAGAGGUACUUUGAUAUCAUGUUUCCAAUUGAUGAUUACACUAGGUAUUUUCUUAGGUUACUGUACUAACUACGGUACUAAAACUUAUAGCAAUUCUGUUCAAUGGAGAGUUCCUCUUGGUUUAGGGUUUGCUUGGGCUCUGUUUAUGGUUGCAGCUAUGUUUAUGGUUCCAGAAUCUCCACGUUACUUAAUUGAAAAGGGACGUAUUGAAGAGGCAAUGAGAUCUGUUGCCAAAUCAAACAGAGUCACUGUUGAAGACCCUGCAGUUCAAGCCGAAGUUGAUUUAUUAGCAGCAGGUAUUGAAAGUGAAAAGGCCGCUGGUGAAGCCUCUUGGGGUGAACUUUUCUCAACUGAUGGGAAAAUUUUACAACGUCUUAUCAUGGGUAUCAUGUUACAAUCUUUACAACAAUUAACUGGUGCUAACUAUUUCUUCUACUAUGGUACAACUAUUUUCAAGUCUAUUGGUCUAGAAGAUUCUUUCCAAACCUCUAUUAUUAUUGGUAUUGUUAACUUUGCUUCUACCUUUGUCGGUAUUUAUUUUGUUGAAAGAUUCGGUAGACGUAGAUGUCUACUAUGGGGUGCUGUUGGUAUGAUUUGUUGUUUUGUUGUUUUUGCUUCGGUUGGUGUCACUAAGCUAUGGCCAGAAGGUGCAAAGCAUAAAGAUAUCUCCUCAAAGGGUGCUGGUAACUGUAUGAUUUGUUUCACAUGUUUCUUUAUUUUCUGUUUCUCAACUACCUGGGCUCCAAUUGCCUAUGUCAUUAUAGCGGAAUCCUUCCCUCUAAGAGUUAAAGCUAAGUGUAUGUCUAUUUCUGUUGCUGCCAACUGGAUGUGGAACUUCUUACUAGGUUUUUUUACCCCAUUCAUCACAAAUGCCAUUAAUUUUUAUUAUGGUUAUGUCUUUAUGGGUUGUCUGGUUUUUGCAUGGUUUUACGUUUUCUUUUUUGUACCAGAAACUAAAGGUCUAUCCCUUGAGGAAGUUAACACCAUGUGGAUUGAGGGUGUACUACCUUGGAAGUCUCAACAAUGGGUUCCACCAUCCAGAAGAGAUGCCACCUAUAAUGCUGCAGCAUUGACUCAAGAUGAUAAGCCAUGGUAUAAAAUAAUGUUAUAA